AUGCGCCACCGCGACAACGCUAUCUUGACAGGCGUUCGCUGCUGCACUUUGCUCACCAACGGCUUGGUUCUGGACUACCGGAACAGCCAACUGAGCCGCCAUCUCGCCUUCGCCAAACGCCAGACGAUCGUGCGGCUCGGAAAUGAAGCAGACAACGGUCUUUCGUCGAGGGCGGCGGGUCGCGCGGUCAGUGUCGCCGCGCCUGCGCCGCACUACGCGCACCGCGAACGUAUGCGCGCAAAAGCCACCGCGAUUAUCGCCCUCCAGAUCAUCGACGUUCGCUGCGCCUAG